GUUGCAAAAUGGCUGACACUCUCUUAAGCAAUCUGGACAAACUGCUGCUACAACUUGUUUUUCAGCUUGAACAAGCAUCUUACUCAAAGGAAUAUGAAAGACAACAGAUACAGCUAUAUACUGCAAACAUUUUGAGGGAAAAGAGUGAAAUCUGCCACCUACAUGAAGAAAUAAAUAAAAGUGAGGAAGCAAUUCUUAGCUUAUGCAGACAAAAUAAUACUAAUAAAGAGAACUGUAACAUCUGGAAACCAACAUAUGUUAUUUUGAAAAAACAUGAAGAAUCUUUACAGAAAGAACUUCAGAAUUACCAAGAAGCAACGGAAAAAGACAAAAAAAUGUACCAGGAUUAUAUGAAUCAAUAUCAAGAAGUUUUCAGGCAGCACCAAGCAAAAUAUUUAGAAACUACAAUUGCCCGAGAAUAUUAUCGUGAAAAAAAAGAAUAUGAAGAAAUUCAAGAUCAAGUUCAACAAAAUUCCAAAUUACUUAAGCAGAAAGAAGCUGAAUUGAUAGAUCUUCACAAACCUGGUCCUUUCCAGUCACUUUCUUCAUGGGCCACACAUAUUGCUUCUCUGCAGCAGAACACAAAGGAAACUCUUACUCAUGCAGCAGUUCUCAAGCAGCAAUCAGUUGAACUUGUCAAAACUGCAAAAGAGCUAGAAAAGAAAAUGAACUACUUCAAAGAGGUAAGUGCUUAUGUUGCAGUCUAUGUGAACAUGUCACUGCAUCAGAUCACAGUGGAAAACUUGUUCAAAGAGAGUCAACAUUUAUUGAAUGAGAAAGAACACACAUUUAAACCAUUUAAUCUACCUAGCAUUUUUCAGAAAUUAGUUCAAAGUGUGCCAACUGUGAAACCACUAUUUCAGAUCACAGACAGAGGUGCAGAAAAGAAAGAGGACUUGGCAGGACAGUCCAUAGUGACUAGUAUGUAUUUCAACCAUGUAGAAAAUGAAAAUCAGAAAUGUCAUAAUUCAGAAACCAAGAUUGUAGAAACAGAUUCAUCUAUAACAAAUGAUCCCAAAGAAAUAUCAAAUAGAUUAUUAGCUAAUCAGAAGAACACACUUACUAAACAGUGCUUUAACACUGAAAAUACAAAAGGAAAAAAGGCUGACUACAAACAAAAGGAAAACAAAUCAAUGGAUUCUGCAGUUAUAUCUCAAGAUAGGCAGACAGAAAUUUAUACUAAACCUACUGGAUGUUAUUCUUCAACAAGAGAUGAAGAUACUGCAGCAACUCCACGGCUAAUAACUCCAGAGCCUAACAUACUUCCAAAGACACCUGACUCUGGUGGGAUGAGAACUCCAUUUGAACUAUUUCCACCAGAAAGUGAAGGAUUACUGGCCAAGUCACCUGCUUUUUCUUUUCUUGCUGGAUUUACUUCAAAGACACAGUCACCUGCAUUUACUUUUUUUGAUUUUUCUGCAUUUGGAACUGAGAGUUCAUUAGAUCAGUCAGGUGAAAGCUGCUCUACUGGAAAUAUAAAUCCAAUUUCUCCACACAAAGAUAUUGGAGAUUUCUUUGGAAAAAUGGAUAAUGAAGACUCAUUUACAUUUGCAUUUCCAACACUUCCUUCUGCUCAGGUUUUUCAAGAUGGGAAAGAAGAUUUUAAUUUUCCCUUUGCUUUUGGAUCUUCUGAGCAAUCCACUCUAAAAGGUUUUCAAUCUGCCUCAGAAAACAGAAAGUCAUUUUCACUUUUCUGA